GCCAACAAAUCGCACUUCGUCAAUUGACAUGGUGUGUUCCGUGACAGCUGACUCCUCCAGUUCCCUACGAUCAAUCGCGUUAGGAAGCAGAUAAAUGUGGCUCUUCACUCACCGAUGCAGCUGUAUUGCAGCUGUGAGAAUUGUUUCUCUGAUGUAAAUAAGUCUAUUCAUUGUCAGUCAAGGGGGUGUCAUGGAUCUUGUUGGCAUGUGAGGCGAGUAGCGGACGCGGGAAACCCUGUGGCGUCACAGAUCGAGAGCGAGAUCUAGGGAGAGACGGUGCGAGGGGCGGGGUCUGACGUCACACUCUCAGCCGCUUGUUUAUUUAAAGCCGCUGUCCGGACAGACGGACAUAGUCAGACGUCGCUGGACUUCACGCUCUCCUCCCCGUGUCUGUGAAUUUCGACUGGAGCGGGACGCUGUUGGGACAUUUUGACACCACCUCCUCCCGUCCUCUCCGGAUGGAGCUGCAUCCAUUCCUCCACAGAGAGACCCGCUCGCCCGCCGCCCGUUACCGGGACUGAAGCUGCGUGUCGCUCGGUGUCUGAAGGCAUCGUGGUGAUUUCGUCCUCUUCGUCCUCUCUGUCUUCCAGCAGGCCUUCUUCUCCUUCGUGACUCUCUGUUCCCAUGCGAUUCUUCAGACUCACAUUUAAGUGUUUCGUGGAUUGUUUUUGAAGGUCGCUGUCCAAAAUACGGUGCAAUUCCCUUUAUUUUUUAUUUUAUUCUUUAGUUAUUUUAAAAUCUAUAUGUAUAUUUAACAAUUUCUAGAUUUUUUUGAUUCGGAAAAAUUAGAUAAAUCUCGGUUAUCACGCGAUAAUUCAGUAUUUCAUCUGGAAAUCCAAGUGACCUUUCCUGGAUCAUUGAGAUCCAGUUCAUAAUCCACGAUCCACCUGCUGACAAAACACUGCAAAUAUAAACUGGAGAAGAGGAGGGACAGUGAUCUGAGUGUGAUUCUAAGAAGACUCGUUCCUGACUGGGUCCUGACUGGUUUGUGGAUAGAGACUAAUGGAGAAGCAACCCCUGCCUGCCUCUUCUUGCUCUCUGGAUCUUCUGGAAGAGGCGAAGAAGAACCACCAUCUCCUGCCCAAUGGUGAUAGUGGUUACAUACCUGAGGCCAGCAAUGGGAACCCGGUCCCAUUGGCGCCAGGGUCCAGUGGUGACGAUGGGGGCGUUGUGGUGGUCGGCGCUGGUCCCGGUCCGACCAAGAGAGGAGGCAUCUUUGUGGAGGGCUCGGCACCUGUGCACCAGGAGCGGGAGACCUGGACCAGGCAAAUGGACUUCAUCAUGUCCUGCGUGGGGUUUGCAGUUGGCCUGGGUAACGUGUGGAGGUUCCCCUACCUGUGCUACAAGAAUGGAGGAGGUGUCUUCCUGAUCCCUUACCUACUGAUCGUCUUUGUGGGGGGAAUUCCUGUCUUCUUCCUGGAGAUCGCUCUGGGUCAGUUCAUGAAGGCAGGCAGCAUCAACGUUUGGAACAUUGCUCCUCUCUUCAAAGGUCUGGGGUAUGCCUCCAUGGUGAUAGUGUUCUUCUGUAAUACUUACUACAUCAUGGUGUUGGCCUGGGGCCUCUACUACCUCGUCAUGUCGUUCAACACCGUCCUGCCGUGGUCCACCUGCGACAACGAGUGGAACACGCCAAGCUGCCUCGAGAUCUUCAACCACCAGGACUGCAAAAACAGCAGCUACGUCAACACCACCGUCAUUGGCAACCUGACGUGUUCAGAUCUGGCUGCGGGGAGAUCGCCGAUCAUCGAGUUCUGGGAGAACAAGGUCCUUGACAUUUCCUCUGGUCUUGGCGAAGCUGGAAGCAUACACUGGGAGCUGCUGUUGUGUCUGAUGGCUGUCUGGGUUAUGGUUUACUUCUGCGUGUGGAAGGGAGUCAAGUCCACUGGGAAGAUCGUCUACUUCACAGCAACGUUUCCAUAUGUGGUUCUCAUCAUCCUGCUGGUCAGAGGGGUGACACUUCCUGGAGCUUAUGAUGGCAUCAUGUACUACAUCAAACCUGACUGGUCCAAACUGGCGGAGGCUCAGGUGUGGAUCGAUGCUGGAACCCAGAUUUUCUUUUCAUAUGCCAUCGGACUGGGAGCCCUGACUGCUCUGGGCAGCUACAAUCGUUUUAAUAACGACUGCUACAAAGACGCCUUCGUCCUGGCUCUGAUCAACAGUGGGACCAGUUUCUUCGCUGGGUUCGUGGUGUUUUCUAUUCUGGGGUUCAUGGCUGCAGAGCAGGGGGUCGACAUUUCACAAGUCGCUGAGUCAGGUCCAGGUCUCGCCUUCAUCGCUUACCCCAAGGCCGUCAGUUUAAUGCCAGUGGCUCCACUGUGGGCGGCGCUCUUCUUCUUCAUGCUGCUGCUGCUGGGCCUGGACAGUCAGUUCGUCGGGGUGGAGGGCUUCGUCACUGGGAUCCUGGACCUGUGUCCUGGAAAAUAUUACCACAGAUACAAGAGGGAGAUUGCUGUGGCUAUUUGCUGCUUGCUCUGCUUCAUUAUUGACAUCUCGAUGGUGACGCAGGGAGGGAUGUACGUCUUCCAGUUGUUUGACUACUACUCCGCCAGCGGGAUGACGCUCCUGUGGCAGGCCUUCUGGGAAUGUGUAGUAGUGGCCUGGGUCUACGGUGCCGACCGCUUCAUGGACGACAUCGCCCGGAUGAUCGGCUACAGACCGUUCCCCUGGAUCAAGUGGUGCUGGUCUUUCAUCACGCCGUGUGUCUGCAUGGGAAUCUUCCUCUUCCACCUGGUGAACUACAAACCGCUGACGUACAACAACGUGUACGUGUACCCGUGGUGGGGCGAGGUGAUUGGCUGGGGCCUGGCUCUCUCCUCCAUGCUCUGCAUCCCCGUCAGCGUCCUCUACAAGUUCGUCAGGGCCAAAGGGACGUUCAAGGAGCGUUGGGUCAACCUGACCACUCCAGUGUGGGGUCAGCAUCACCUGGAGUACAUGGCCCCGGACAUCAACUCGCUGAACUCCAUGUCUCCCGGCACCAACGACAACAAGGUCAUCAUCUUCGAGAGCGUCAUUGCGUGUGGAACUGGGCCGAGCGCAGGACGUCACGUGACUGUGGCCGGAGUCAGAGGCGCGGCAGGUAUCGAGGCCAGUCGCCUGAAAGGAGGAGCGGAUGACGGCGCCUCGUCCGGUUCAGAUGCUCUUCCUUCUGGGGAAACCCUCCCACAGCUCCAGCAAGUUCCUGCUGACAGGAAUCCCAACACCCGCGCAGUCAUCACAGGGUUGGAGGAGUUUAAAAGCCGCGCUGUUCACCUCGUGUUUGUUCAGUGUGGCGACACCAGCAGGGGGCACUCUCCCGCAGAAGGAAGUUUGUGAUUGGGCCGGAAACUGAUCCAAGCAAUUGGCUGGAAAAACAAAAUUGUAGAAAUGAGGGUUGGGUUUCGACCUUUGACCCGAGUUUCCCGCCCAAAUAACCCAGGCAUCUGUCAUGUGACCACAUUUCUGCAUCUGUGUCUUCCACAUUGAUUGUAGAUUGCUGAGCAGCUCGGAACUGAACUCUGUCAGCGACGAUGCCUGCAGCUCCAUGUUCACCUGAUGAUGAUGAUGAUGGUCUGUGAGCACUGUGUCCACUCACUCCACUGACCAACCAGGCAAUAAAACUAACAUGACAAACACUGGUCUGCUUCCCACUCCU